UUUGCCGUGACCCACAUGAGAAAAAAGUGGAAAAUGGGAGGCAUGAAAUACACUUUUUCCUUGUUGUUCUUUCUUUUCCUAGAAGGAAGCAAAACAGAACAAGUAAAACACUCAGAGACGUAUUGUUUGUUUCAAGACAAGAAGUACAGAGUGGGCGAGAGAUGGCAUCCUUACCUGGAACCUUAUGGGUUGGUUUACUGUGUGAACUGCAUCUGCUCAGAGAACGGGAAUGUGCUUUGCAGCCGAGUCAGAUGUCCAAACCUUCAUUGUCUCUCUCCCGUGCAUAUUCCUCAUCUGUGCUGUCCUCGCUGUCCAGAAGACUCCUUACCCCCAGUGAACAAUAAGGUGACCAGCAAGUCGUGUGAGUACAAUGGGACCACUUACCAACAUGGAGAGCUUUUUGUGGCUGAAGGGCUUUUUCAGAACCGGCAACCCAAUCAGUGUACCCAGUGCAGUUGUUCGGAGGGGAAUGUGUAUUGUGGUCUCAAGACUUGCCCCAAGUUAACCUGUGCAUUCCCAGUCUCUGUUCCAGAUUCCUGUUGCCGGGUGUGCAGAGGGGAUGGAGAACUGUCGUGGGAACAUUCUGAUGGUGAUAUCUUCCGGCAACCUGCCAACAGAGAAGCAAGACAUUCUUACCAUCGCUCUCACUAUGAUCCUCCACCAAGCCGACAGGCUGGAGGUCUGCCCCGCUUUCCUGGGGCCAGAAGUCACCGGGGAGCUCUUAUGGAUUCCCAGCAAGCAUCAGGGACCAUUGUGCAAAUUGUCAUCAAUAACAAACACAAGCAUGGACAAGUGUGCGUUUCCAAUGGAAAGACCUAUUCCCAUGGCGAGUCCUGGCACCCAAAUCUCCGGGCAUUUGGCAUUGUAGAGUGUGUGUUGUGCACUUGUAAUGUCACCAAGCAAGAGUGUAAGAAAAUCCACUGCCCCAAUCGAUACCCAUGCAAGUAUCCUCAAAAAAUAGAUGGCAAGUGCUGCAAGGUGUGUCCAGGUAAAAAGGCGAAAGAAGAACUUCCAGGCCAAAGCUUUGACAACAAAGGCUACUUUUGCGGAGAAGAAACAAUGCCUGUGUAUGAGUCUGUGUUCAUGGAGGAUGGAGAAACUACCAGAAAAAUAGCACUGGAGACUGAGAGACCACCUCAGGUAGAGGUCCAUGUAUGGACCAUUCGAAAGGGCAUUCUCCAGCACUUUCAUAUUGAGAAGAUCUCCAAGAGGAUGUUUGAGGAGCUUCAUCACUUCAAGCUGGUGACCAGGACAACCCUGAGCCAGUGGAAGAUAUUCACCGAAGGAGAAGCUCAAAUCAGCCAGAUGUGUUCAAGUCGUGUGUGCAGAACAGAGCUUGAAGAUUUGGUCAAGGUUUUGUACCUAGAGAGAUCUGAAAAGGGCCACUGUUAA